UCUUCUCAAUCUACAUCUCUUCUCCUUGGAUCUGAACUAAUCAGAAUUUCUGGAAAACGUUCUCCAUGAAACCAUGGGCAUCCCGAUGCCAGAGACCGCGAAAUUUUACCUUUCGGAGCACCCGACAAUCAUGAACUUCCAGUGGAGCCCCGCCCACGCUUGGGGCUCCACAUGGUCCUUCCUCUUCGCCACAAUCGCCGCCUACAUCGCCGCUGCCUCGAGCCUCCACCUCCUCCUCCUUCUCAUCCGGGGGCGCCACCCCCUGCCACUUGGCCCAUUCCCUGCCCUCCACAGCCUUGCCGUGGCGGUUGCCUCCGCCGCCAUUUUUGCUGGGAUGAUCCUCUGUGCAGAAGCGGAGAUACGUGACACCCGCUGGUUCUGGCGGCGCACCAGGACUGCCACCCCUAUCCACUGGCUUCUCUGCUUCCCGGUUGGCACGCGCCCAUCCGGGCGGGUGUUCUUCUGGUCCUACGCUUUCUAUCUCUCCCGCUUCCUUCACCUCUGCCGCACAUUCUUGACCAUCUUACGCCGCCGUAAGCUCACAUUCUUCCAGUUGUUCAACCAAUCCAUCCUACUCGUUAUGUCCUUCCUGUGGCUCGAGUUCUCGCAAUCCUUCCAAGUCCUUGCGAUCCUGUCGACAACAUUGUUAUACGCAAUCAUUUAUGGGUACCGAUUCUGGACAGAGGUGGGGCUCCCGGGUGCGAGCUUCCAGCUAGUCGGGAGCUGCCAACUGGCAAUGCUAGGGUGCCACGUGGCGUGUCACUUCGGGGUGCUCUUCCUGCACUUGCUAGGGGGCGGCUGCAACGGCAUCGGGGCAUGGGUGUUCAACUCCGUGCUCAAUGCUGCGAUUUUGCUACUCUUCUUGAAGUUCUACGUGGCUAGACGAUCGAGAAAGAGGGAGGAGAAGGAGAAUUCUUCAUCAUCGAGAAGUCGGCGUUCCGAGCGGAUUGAGAAGAAGGGUAGUUGAUACAGUCAUGACAAGAUCAAUGUUUCUGUUGUAU